AUGUGCCGAGCGGAAGACCUAUUCAUAGACAAUGUUAUUCAACAUUUAGUUUGUCCAAUUGGUAAAGGAAUAAUCGAGGACCCAGUGAUCACACCUUGUGGACAUACAUUCUGCAGGUCGUGUCUACUCAAUCUGUUGAACACAAGAAGACAGUGUCCAACCUGCAAGAUACCUGUUACACACAAGCAACUGAUACCAAACUACUUGGUAUUGGAUAUACUGGCCGACCAAACAGUCAGGUGCGAUCAUCACAAUGAUGGAUGUCAAUGGACUGGCAAAUGGUCCCUGCUUAGUGAUCAUCUUCGACAAUGUCAAGCAGUGAUGCCAAAGGUUCGAUUCUGGACGAAGCAUCAUGUUCCAUUUGGUCAACAGAUAAAGGUGAUUGGCAGCUGCGAACAACUGGGCAAUUGGGAUGCUCAGAAGGCAUUUCCAUUGACGUUCUCUCAGGGUGAUACGUGGGAGGGCGACGUACUGCUGGGGCAAGCCGGCAGGAUCGAAUACAAGUACAUCAUAACCAAUUUUGAAACUGGCGAGCUGAUAGGCUGGGAGAGUGGUUCCAACAGAGUGUUCAUGGUCUCUGGCAUCCUGAACUUUAGACGAGACAUCUUUCGAAAUUCAACUUGA